CGAUCAUACACAUUUUCCAUAUCUAAGUACAGUGCAACAGUAAAUAAUACAAUGAAGACCUUCCAAAUUGUUACCCUUUUCGCUCUUGUAGCUGCCUCCAUGGCUUUCUCCCCUAACUCGGUCAACCAAGGUACGUACAUCGUWGGUUGCGUCACCUYCAGAGUGAAUGAGUAAUCAUUGGUUCGGUAUGAUGGAAAUCAUUGUGCACGACCACGCUAGGAUGAAGUAUCUGUUGGAUGGCCCGCUAAUGGCUUCUCGCCUAUAACAUCACCGUUUCGUCCAACCGUUAAAUCAUCAUCUAAUCCCAUUAUUGCUUCUGUCUCCUUCAUCACAGUUGCCCGUGCCGCCGCCGUYAAGGGAGCCGCCGCCAUCCCUGUCGCCGCUCUUGCCGCCCCUGCUUUCGCCAUGGACUCCGUUGUCGAUGCCCUCCCUUCCACCGCUCUUUCCUUGGAAGUUCAAUUCGGUGCUUACUUGGCUGUUCUUCUCGGAACCUUCCUCCCAUGUUUGUUCCUUGUCAACCUUUACAUCCAGACCGAGACCCGUAAGGCYGGUGCCGAAGACGCACUCAGUGGAGAUGAUUUCUAAAUGAAGUAAUGUUUGAUUACUGGAAGCUAUCUUUGWAUCAAAUAUUUGAAUCAGUUUUGUCGAAAUGCUGGCGUUUUUUUUUCUGAGCUACUACUCUAGAUAUAUCCUGAGAUAAAUAAUAUCUGUCGAGUUACCAGAAAAACAAAUUGACUUUGACUGCUCACAUCGGGAUGCACAAAAAUUCAAGAACACUUGACUGCGUAUGUUAGAGACGUCAACAUGCAGUCUAAUAAAGUAUGGGUUACUAC